UAAAACUCCCUCGUAAAUUUAUUUUCUCUGUGGGGAUGAAGCCUACUGAGGCAGAGAGUUUUGUGAAAGAAGAAGAGAGGGUAGAUGGAAAAGCCUUGGAAAUGAGUUCAGAAAGUGGAGGAGAAGUGGAUAAGGCAUCUGGUGAAUCUCCAGUUUCUGAUGAUGAAUGGGUAUGCAAAAGCUCCAAUGGUGGUUUCUCUUCUACGGCUUCAGGAUGGCCUUCCUUUGACAUCAAACCACCUUCACAUGCUUAUUCUCUAUCAGCAGAAGAGCAGGCAACUGUAGCAGUGCUGCAGUUGCAGCACAAUGCAUUAGAAGCUUGCCAGAAGUUCUUAAUUGGCAAUGCUGGUUCUGAUGGUGACAAAGAUGACAAUGAGGAUGAGGAUGAGGAUGAAGAUGAAGAUGAAGAUGAAGAUGAAGAUGGAUCAGUAGAUAAUUAUGAUUCUAAAGAAUGUGAGGAAUAUAAGUUCUUUGAAAGAGUGUUUGCAGAAGAUGAUGAGUUGAGGAGAUAUUAUGAGAACAAUCAUAGGGAAGGGGAUUUUUAUUGUUUGGUUUGUGGAGGUAUAGGGAAAAAGGUAUGGAAGAGGUUUAAGGAUUGUGUUGCAUUAAUUCAGCAUUCCACUGCCAUAUUAAGGACAAGAAGGAGGCGAGCUCACCGGGCCUAUGCACAGGUCAUCUGCAAAGUUGUUGGUUGGGACAUUGAUCAAUUACCAGCUAUUGUGUUGAAGGAUUUGGAUCCCUCCUUGGCAGGUGCAAGGAAACUUUUGGUUGAGCCCAAAAUUCCUGCUGCGGGUUGUGUUGAUGAUUCAAAUGGUGAACCUGAUAAUUCUACUGAUAAUCAUGUUGAUGAUUAGGAUGUUCUUCAGGGAAGUGUAGGCAAAGUAAAUAGCACUUGUAAUGUGGUUUGUUGGGAAGCCCAUAUUGUUCUUCUAGAUGAUGUGGAGCCU